UGAGAAUCUCUGGUAACAGUGACGUUCAAAAUAUUGGUUUGAGAAUCUCUGAUAACAGAGACGUCUACUAUAUUGGUUUGAGAAUCUCCGAUAACGGUGACGUGUACUAUAUUGGUUUGAGAAUCUCUGAUAACAGUGACGUUUACAAUAUUGGUUUUAAAAUCUUUGCCAACGGCGACUGGUUUUACCAUUGUGAUACACUUUAUAUUCUUUAGCAAAUCUAUUUGGAUUUCAGUGAACGCCGUGGUAUGUUUGCGUACAUCCCUGCUUUUAAAUUGUUAAUUUGUGUUCAUUAAAACAGAUGGAAUUUAGGUUGCUAUUAUUUUAUUUAUUUCUUUUUAUAUCCGAAUUUUAUGUUCAGUGCAAAUUCUAAAUCUAAAAAAAAACAUGUAAUAUUGUGUUUAAUCCAUUUCAUUUUUCAAAAUUGUGGGCAAAGAAAUUUAAAUUAUAAUAUUUUAUUUGAUAUCAUUUUUUCUUAAUCACCAAAUAAUAUUAUUUGAUAUUCUAAAUUUUGAUGUGUCCAUAACGUCAUCAGGAUAUAUAACAAUUUGGAUAUAACAAAAGCGACACCUAAUUUUAACAGAUUUUGAGAUAUUUAUUUGUAUAUAUACAUGCAUGUAACCUUUUUUGUUAUAUAUUGUCACACAUAAUGACUCUAACAAUCCUUCCAAUUUUUCAUUUCGGCCCCCACCCCUAGACUUUGUUACAUCAACAGUCGCACACACAAUAUAAGGUCAGACCACCGGAGAGAGACCCGUUUGGCCAUGCAAGUAUUUCGCGUGUCCCCACUCAUCAAAGCCUUGAGUUCUGUACUCGUAGUCAUUCUCAUAGCAUUCAUCGGAACAACGGUUCUCCCACUGGUGUCUCGGAGGUCAUCGGCCGCUGCUUCAAGCUCCGUUUGGAUGUUCCGGGUGCCCAAUGGUCUCCAGUUGGAACCUGUCAAGAAAGGUGUGCAUAUUUAUAUACGGUAUCAAACACGUGGUGGUUAGCUAGGUGUCAUGGAAAUCUUCACGUAAAGCAUGAAGGGAAAAACAAUGACAUGAGCGACUUACAUUUCAAAUUAGGGGCCGUCCAUAUAGAACUUACGCACUGAGGGGGUUUCAGUUUUGGAGAUUUUGCGUACGCGUGCGUAUGGCCCAGUUGGGGGGGGGGGGGGGGGGUCUCGGCAGAAAAUACGCACAUUUACUAUAAAAAAUUCUACAAUAAUAAUCCUGCAAUUUUGACAGUCAAAAAAAAAAAUAUUUAUAUUUCGAAUGUUGUAAAAAUUACACGCCAUGUUUUGAUUCAGUUUUGGAGAUUUUGCGUACGCGUGCGUAUGGCCCAGUUGGGGGGGGGGGGGGUAGGUCUCGGCAGAAAAUACGCACAUUUACUAUAAAAAAUUCUACAAUAAUCAUCCUGCAAUUCUGACAGUCCAAAAAUAGAAUAUUUAUAUUUCGAAUGCUGUAAAAAUAUCACGCCAUGUUUUGAAGGAUUUGUUGUGAUCAUGUUGCCACGGUGUUUUCACAAAUGAAUACGCUAGAUAUAGUCAGAUAGUACUAAGCAGUAGAGACUUGCAGUGAUAUUUAGUCCAUCGUAUGUUCAACGCGCGUGUGACGCAUAUUUUGUUGGGUUACGCCAGUGGUCCCUAAUACCUUUCGAUAUCCGGCACCUGUGCCACAUUUAGGUUUUCACCAGACUCCAUGUGUUAAAUUUUAACAAGUUCAUUUCAAAAUAGGGAAUACAUAAAACCAAGUAAAAUAAAGGUUUGGCUAAAAAUAUUAAAAUAUGUAUGUAGGUCACUAAGCGCCAUCUAGUAGCAGCAAGCAGUUGUUACUCAAGUGAGUCACUGUUUGCUCCAUGACGAACAGGCGUCGCAUGGGAUUAAAAGUGGAAACACAAUUAUGAACAUUGUAUAAUGUUUCGCAAGGCCCCCGUAGAACAAGCCACAGCAACCCAUAUAGAAAAUUGUUCCCCCCCCCCCCUCCCACACGAACGGACCAGUAAAAAAAAAGUUUUUAGCGCCCAUUGUCUUUGUGAAGUAUAUGAGAUUGUGUCGUUAAAUUCACUAUUAAGAUCCUAUCUAAAUAUGAUUUAGGCUCCUAUUCCUCUUCGAUCCAUUCUCAUGGCCGAGGGUAAUGUGGCGCCCAGGGCGAUGCGGCGUAUAGUAUGGGAACCACUGGGUUCGUCUAACAGCUAGCGGUGAAAACCCGCGACAUAUUUUGUAUACUCUGACUUCAUAAUUGCGUAAAGAUUAUAUGAUUUUUUAGUUUGGUGGGGGGUGGAAAUCUCAUUGAACGUACGCAAAAAAGAAGAGGGGGGGGGGUCAUAGUCAAAAAAGUUCGUGUGCAACAUGUGUUGGGGGGGGGGGGGUUAGAAAAAUUGACUAAGUUGUUCGUCAUAAGUACGCGAAAAUGACCAAUGCAACUUUCAACUUGAGGAGUAAUCUUGACUUGAGCUGUAUUUUGUAUUUAAAGUGAGCGUGGUUCAAGUCUUCAGCCGCACUCUCUCGUGGUUGCCCUUUUGAGCCAAUAGCAAGGCUUAGGUCAAGAUGACUGGAAAUAGACCAGUAGAGGAUCAGCAGCGCGUGCACGUUUCACUGUGCUCUCUGUGCGCUCUAACGUCAAUGGAGCUGUCGGAACUUUCAUUGUUUCAAUGUCAUACCACCCACGGGACUCCAUCUACGGGUUCGAAUUCAAAGUUUGCCUUCUCUAAGACGAGUUUCAAACCGGGGGGCUGGUGAUUUUAUUGCUUGUUUUCUGGGCAUUUAACUCCAGCCCACUAGCUUGUGUUUGUCUCCGUGUAGACCGCUCGCCCAGUGUGCACGUACUAUAUGGAUGGCCCAUAAGAAGAUAAAUCAAAUGUUUAUACAAUCUGACUAAGACAGCAGUUACGCAUUACAUGACUAAAACAGAAAUUCCCUAAUUUUGUUUUCUGAAUUUCAAGUAUUUAUAAUUCUUUCACAAGUAGUAACAGCUUUUCUGGUGCGCUCAAACAUUGAAACACACUCGCUGCACAUUGGCCACCCUUGUUUUUUCUAAAUAAUUUGGUUUUCAGAAAACAUAACUAACACCUCGUAUUCACUGACCAAAACCUCAACCACCUUCACCUAACAAGUAAUCUUCAUAUAAUAAAUUUCUUUGUUACCUUGGCCUCGUAGUGUUCGGUGAAUUACACCCUUAAGUAUUUGGCUAAAGAAGAGUAUCGAUACUUUCCAGAUGAAGAAAUAGCCUACAUAGCUAAACAUCGAUACUUUUUUUGGUCAAAAUUACGAAGUUUAUAAACAUUCAAUCAAUUCCCACUAUUCAGAAAUAUAAUAAACAUUAAAACUGGAAAUUUAAAAAUAUUUAAGCAACCACCAUUCAGUUGUAGAUACAAUUAUAAAUCCAUCAUGCAAAUGACAUCUAUUACCAAUAACGAAAGCAUUAUUUCUUUUCUUAAGUAUCGUAUCAAGAUGUUAAUUUGGAAUCGUGGCGAGAUUUCGACGAGACCAAAUCCCCGUACAUCCUGGCAGCUGGCAUGGAUAAAACGGACACUGUGUACGUCUCUUUGUACUUGGUCUCCUGCUGUAUAUAAGUCUUCUGCAAUGUUUGUACACAAAUUAAGCUUUAAAUUUAUAAACCUUGUGCUACCAAAGACGAGCAAAUUUUAAUCUUUAUUAUCUUUAUAUUAUGCUAUUUAUGGAUCUCCCCAUUUAUUGAUUCAUGCUCAACCCACCCAUCCUUUCAUCCAUUCACCUAUUCAUCCAACCAUCCUUCCAUGCCAUCAAUCAAACAAUCGCCCAAUCACCCAUCCAUUCAUCCAUUCAUCUAUUCAUCCAGCCAUCCAUCCAUUCAAUCAAUCAAACAGUCGUCCAAACCACCCAUCCAUUCAUCUAUUCAUCCAGCCAUCCAUCCAUGCCAUUCAAUGCAUCCAUUCAAUCAAUCAAACAAUCGCCCAGCCACCCAUCCAUGCCAUGCAAUGCAUCCAUUCAAUCAAUCAAACAGUCGCCCAGCCACCCAUCCUUGCCAUGCAAUGCAUCCAUUCAAUCAAUCAAACAAUCGCCCAGCCACCCAUCCAUGCCAUGCAAUGCAUCCAUUCAAUCAAUCAAACAGUCGCCCAGCCACCCAUCCAUUCAUCUAUUCAUCCAGCCACCCAUCCAUGUCAUGCAAUGCAUCCAUUCAAUCAAUCAAACAAUCGCCGAGCCAACCAUCCAUGCCAUGCAAUGCAUCCAUUCAAUCAAUCAAACAGUCGCCCAAACCACCCAUCCAUUCAUCUAUUCAUCCAUCCAUGCCAUGCAAUGCAUCCAUUCAAUCAAUCAAACAGUCGCCCAGCCACCCAUCUAUUCAUCUAUUCAUCCAGCCAUCCAUCCAUCCAAUCAAUCAAACACUCGCCCAAACCACCCAUCCAUUCAUCUAUUCAUCCAGCCACCCAUCCAUGCCAUGCAAUGCAUCCAUUCAAUCAAUCAAACAGUCGCCCAGCCACCCAUCCAUGCCAUGCAAUGCAUCCAUUCAAUCAAUCAAACACUCGCCCAAACGACCCAUCCAUUCAUCUAUUCAUCCAGCCACCCAUCCAUGCCAUGCAAUGCAUCCAUUCAAUCAAUCAAACACUCGCCCAAACGACCCAUCCAUUCAUCUAUUCAUCCAGCCAUCCAUCCAUGCCAUGCAAUGCAUCCAUUCAAUCAAUCAAACACUCGCCCAAACCAUCCAUCCAUUCAUCUAUUCAUCCAGCCAUCCAUCCAUGCCAUGCAAUGCAUCUAUCCAAUCAAUCAAACACUCGCCCAAACCACCCAUCCAUUCAUCUAUUCAUCCAGCCAUCCACACAUGCCAUGCAAUGCAUCCAUUCAAUCAAUCAAACAGUCGCCCAGCCACCCAUCCAUUCAUCCAAUCAUCUAUUCAUCCAGCCAUCCAUCCAUCCAAUCAAUCAAACACUCGCCCAAACCACCAAUCCAUUCAUCUAUUCAUCCAGCCAUCCAUCCAUGCCAUGCAAUGCAUCCAUUCAAUCAAUCAAACAGUUGCCCAGCCACCCAUCCAUUCAUCCAUUCAUCUAUUCAUCCAGCCAUGCCAUGCAAUGCAUUCAUUCAAUCAAUCAAACAGUCGCCCAGCCACCCAUCCAUUCAAUCAAUCAAACAGUCGCCCAGCCACCCAUCCAUUCAAUCAAUCAAACAGUCGCCCAGCCACCCAUCCAUUCAAUCAAUCAAACAGUCGCCCAGCCACCCAUCCAUUCAAUCAAUCAAACCGUCGCCCAGCCACCCAUCCAUUCAAUCAAUCAAACAGUCGCCCAGCCACCCAUCCAUUCAAUCAAUCAAACAGUCGCCCAGCCACCCAUCCAUUCAAUCAAUCAAACAGUCGCCCAGCCAUCCAUCCAUUCAAUCAAUCAAACAGUCGCCCAGCCACCCAUCCAUUCACCCACCCAAUAAACCAUGCGUAUAUAAGAUUAAUCUGUAACGCACCAUCUCGACUGUAGUGUUCACAUACUUUCAUUGAUUUAGUUACACAGAGCACAAGCCUGUAGAAGUCAACCGACCAAUCGCUAUCGGUUAUUACGAUCCGAAUAGAGAGCUCAAAUUCCUGUCAAGGACAUUUUUUAACCAGGUGACCUAUACAGUAACAGUAAUUGAAAUAUAUUUCUAUUUUGUAAAAAGUUUUUAAACUAUUUUUUUAAAAAGUUAACUCAUUUCAUAGAGCCAUCUUUUAAGUUUAAAUCAAUGGAUUACAAACUGCCAGUCCUUAAAUCAAGACGUCAUCCAUUUGAUCACUGAAUGUGAAUAUGAAAAAUGUGUUGUUUGUCCCAAAUGUGAAUAUGACUAUUGUGUGUUCGAAAUGUAAAUGUCACAAAUAUGUUGUUUGUUUAAAUUUGAAUAUGAUACAUGUGUUGUUUGUUCCCAGUGUGAAUAUGACAAAUGUGUUAUGACGGAGGACGUCGAGUCAGCUGACGCAGUCAUAUUUCUUAUAGCCAGAUUAACUCGAGUGGGCGUGCCAGAGUUCCGGAGAAAACCAGGUCAAAUGUGAGUUCAUCAUACACCAAAUCUUCUUUUCAGAUAACUAAGUAACUAAGUAGGAUUAAUAUGAUAAAAAAAAUAUAUAAAAAAACACGAAUUUACACAUAGAACAGCCACGAUAAACUAGUUUAAAACAAACAAUAAUAAAUCAAAUUCUCUUUUUUGGUCUUUGUUCAGUCUUUCAUUGUUCCUUUCAUUGUUCCUUUCAUUGUUCCUUUCAUUGUUCCAUUCAUUGUUCCUUUCAUUGUUCCUUUCAUUGUUCCUUUCAUUGUUCCUUUCAUUGUUCCUUUCAUUGUUCCUUUCAUUGUUCCUUUCAUUGUUCCUUUCAUGGUUCCUUUCAUUGUUCCUUUCAUUGUUCCUUUCAUUGUUCCUUUCAUUGUUCCUUUCAUUGUUCCUUUCAUUGUUCCUUUCAUUGUUCCAUUCAUUGUUCCUUUCAUUGUUCCUUUCAUUGUUCCUUUCAUUGUUCCUUUCAUUGUUCCUUUCAUUGUUCCUUUCAUUGUUCCUUUCAUUGUUCCUUUCAUUGUUUCUUUCAUUGCCCCUUUCAUUGAUGCUGAUACAAAGCGUUAUAUGGGUUUGCCAAUUUCUUCCAUCUGAAGAUAUGUCUGGUUAGAUGAACAAUAUGUGACAAAGGACUGAAUACCGGUAUACAAAGAAAAGAAAUACCAAAAGCUAGGGAUGCUAAAGCUAUUCAAUUUAAUUAUACUAUUUAAAAAAAAAAUAAAAUAGAAAUUCAAAUAUAGAACAAAAAAAAAAAAAAACAACAACAAAAAACUUACCAACUUACAGCAAAUCAAGUGGCAAGGUAAAAUCCUUGAAAGAUUAAAAUAUUAAUUUGCUCCUAAACAUAAAGAUUACAUUCUUAAGUAUAUUACGUCUUGUAAAUGAAUAGGGAAAAAAAGCAAAAGUCUCUCCCGGCCAGGAAAGCUGUCGACUUUUAUAUAGGGUUUAAAUUAGAACCCACUAGAAAUGAAUUUAAACGGCAUCUAAAGAUCAUGCUUUUCGUAUACAUCCUUCAUAAAAUGUAGUAUCGAGCACUAGGGGUGGGGCUGACAAUUUGAAAAAAAAACAUGCAUACAAGUAGGCACUUUAUUAGAAUCCCAAUCAGUGCUCUCAAAAUUUCAAGACUCGCGACCACACAUUUUUUUCACGCCCUUGAACUUUAAUAAUAUUCUAAUGACCCCUCAAGCCCCCCUCCCCCCCCCCCCCCCCCCCCCCCCCCCCCCGCUUUUACACCGCAGAUUUAUUUAAAUUAGUCGGGUCAAUUAGCCAUCUAAAGAAUUAGCCCGCCAGCCACGAACAAAAGCGAAGUUACUAAAAAUGAUUAAAAAAUGGGGAUGGGAAGUAAGGUAAAAUUAAAAUACAUGUGGUGAAUAAAGUUUUGUUAACACACAGGCUACAAAAGUUCCUUUCAUUGUUCCUUUUAUUGUUCCUUUCAUAUUUACUAAAUGUCAGUUAUUUAAGCAAUAGAGGAAUAUUUCAAAACUUAAGUUUUUUUACAUACUUCGGACAAAGUCAUUACUUAGUAAGAUUCAGUAGCGACCAGCGGCGUAUUGAGUUAGGAAUGGAGUUAGCUACGGAGGGAACUUUCUCUACAUGCUGAUGUUUAUAUUCACAUUGUAGCAAUACAGACUGAAAAUGGAGUUUUAAUUCUACCUAUGAUCUAAACUUUAAUUUGUAUCUUGUACAUAUUUGUCACGAAUUAAAUGCCCAGGGAUGAAAUAAAAUACUUUGCAUUUCAGAUGGAUCGUUAGGACAGACGAGGCGCCCUCUAGGUUCUCUUGGUUUGAGAGUUUAAAUCGGACCGGCUUAAAAGAACAGAUGAACUGGACGAUAACUCACAAGUUGGACAGUGACAUCCCAUUUGUAUAUGGCAGACUCAUCAGGGACGAGCACCCGAAGGAAAAGGAUUAUGGUACGGUGAAUAGUCUCCCUUUGAUCACACCCUAACCAAAACAGAUUUUAGUAAAGCGAUUGUCUGUUUUAGGGGGGCAUAAGUUUAAGGUUUUGACCAAUGAGGCCGCUCUACCCGUCUAAACAGCUAUAACUAAUAACAGUAUUGUAACAUAAAUCUCGUUUAGUGCCAAUGUAAUUACCUUAGAAUUAACAUAUGAUUUUGCUUACGUUGAAGUAAUCAAUAGAUCAACAUAUUUCAGAUAAAAUCUACGAAGGCAAAACGCGAACGGCUGCCUGGUUUGUUAGUCACUGUCCUGUCAGAUCUGACAGAUUAAUAUACGUUCAGAAAAUGCAAAAUAGGUGAGUUUGAAGAAUUGUACAGCUUAAAUUUUUGUCUCCAUUCGAUAGCAAAAUAGCAAACAAAUCACCUGUAAUAAUUGCUGUUUUGGGCAACCAAUAAUUGCAUAUCUAAUGAAAAUAUGAGGCUUGAAAGCGGGAAUGUGUCUUUAAAACCACCAUAUCAUUUGGUGCCGUUUUUCAUUAUCCAUUGGUUGCACAUCUGCUGAUAUUUCUACCUUUGCAUUUUCUAAGAUAACAAUUGAUAGAAUAUCAUUGCAAUUUUUAUAUAUUAAAAAAUAUUUAUGGAUGUUGAUAUUAAACUAUAAUUAUUUAUUGAUAUUGAACUGAUAUUGAUAUUGCAUGUUGUAAAAUGUUAAACUGAUAUUGCAUCACAAAGUGCUGUGUAGAAUAAAUGAAUGCUCCACAAAUACUGAUACAUAAUGUUAAGUGAUACUUCUACCAUUUUAGAACCGAUGUUGAUAUUUUUGGUAAAUGUGGUCCACUGUCAUGUGGUAUGGCCGAAAAGGUACCUGGUGUCCAAGAGAUGAGAAAACAGGCUGACCAGAUCAGGUGUUUCCCUAUGUUAUCUAGUUCAUACAAGUAAGUCUGGCCAGACCAGGUGUCACCCUUUGUUAUCUAUUUCCUGCAAGUCGUUGACGUCACCGGACACCGUACAUAGUAUAAAUACAACAUCAAAAUAUCAAAUGUUAUGUAUUAUUUAAGAGUGAUAAGUAACCUAACGUACGUACACAAAUGAUAUACGCCUGUAAUCAAUACUUUGCCACUAGUAAACUAUUCCAUACUCACAUUCACUCAUCAGGUUUUAUUUGGCUUUUGAGAAUUCACUGUGUCAAGAAUAUAUCAGCGAGAAGUUCUUCAAAAUAUUCAACAAUGUCGAUGUAAUACCCGUUGUAAGGGGAGGUAACAGCAUUCAAGGGAAUUUAAACCCACUCCUCUCGCUAAAUGUUGUUAGACAUCAUCACCUUGUUUCGACUCCUUCUCAUCUUAAUCACAUUUUUAUUUAAAUAUCUUUUUAAACAGAUGUAUAUCGCCCUUCCGAACUUUAACCCCCCCCCCCCCCAAUCCCUUUUACAAACUGCAAGUUUUAAGAAAUAUUAAAACGACUUUUUCCCCACCAGGAGCUAAUUACAAGAGUUACUUCCCCGCCGACAUGUAUAUUGAUGCUGCUGACUUUACCACACCGGAAGCUCUAGCGGAUUAUUUAGACGACCUGGGCAGGGAUAAAGAUCGCUAUUUGACUUAUCUGCGAAACAAAGACAGGUAACGGCAAAACCGAUUAAUCCAUAAAUCAUAUUUAUUCAUUUUAGCUCAUGGUCUUUGAUUCAUUCAGGUCUUUUAUCUUCAAGUCACGUGUUUCGCAUUUCUUUCAGCAAUUCACUCUAAUUGCUCUACUUUAAUUUCUGCGACACUAUUAAGCAAGCAUUUUUUAGCAGUAAUAAUAAUCUUCCCACCUCUCAUACCCAGAUACCGAUCUGUGCUGGACUUCCCUGACUGGCCGUGCCGUAUGUGUGAGAAGCUCCACACUGAGCGCAGAACUCACACCUACACAGAUGUCCACAGAUGGUGGGUGAAGGACUCAUGCCACGACCCAGUGGACACGGCCAAACUCUUUUAAUUGAACAAUUGUUGGGAACACUGUCCUUCGCAUUUAUCAAUAAACCCAU